CGCGCACUUCCGGGUCCACUGUAGCGGCUCUGAACUCUGAGCUUCUCUCCGGGUCAUGGGGAGAUAAACACAAAAUUAGGAAACCGUGUGACACUUUCUCUAAAUGGAAUAAACUAAGACAGUCACCGGAGAAUUUUCGGAUUCUAUGAUUCGACGGAAAACGACUAUAUUUAUUUGUCCGCCGCCACAGACACAUGAAAUAUGGAGGAUCAAGACAGAGCUCAGAGGAGGCUGUCAAGAGCAGGAGACAGUUUGUACAAGAUCCUGGGCCUGGAGAAAGGAGCAUCUCCCGAGGAAAUAAAAAAGGCAUACAGAAAACUGGCAUUAAGGCAUCACCCUGAUAAGAACCCAGACAACCCUGAAGCGGCUGAGAAAUUCAAAGAGAUCAACAACGCCAACGCCAUCCUCAACGAUGAGAACAAGCGCAAAAUCUACGACGAAUACGGCUCCAUGGGUCUCUACGUGGCCGAGCAGUUUGGGGACGAAAGUGUCAAAUAUUAUUUCCUCAUGUCCAAGUGCUGGUUCAAGGGUCUUCUGGUGUGCUGCGGUAUUAUCACCUGCUGCUGCUGUUUCUGCUGUUGCUGCUUCUGCUGUGGGAAAUGCAAAGCCGAAGAAGAAGAGGAACAUUUUGUCUACAUGGACCCUGAAGACCUGGAGGCACAAAUCAGAGAACAGGAAGCAGCUGGAGACCAUGUAAUAGUUAUUCAGCCCAGCUCUGGUGACUCUUCUAGUGCUGCUAAUACUACAGCACGUGAAAGCGACCCGAUCGUGACUCAGCCUCAAGCGUCCAACGGCACCACGGAGCACGGAGCCAUCCAGAUGCCCUGGAAGGAGUAGGAAUAAAUAGACACAGGAAGAAAGAAGCGAGCUGGUGACUGAGUCGUGUAAAUCUGGACGGCUUCGGGUUCUGGACUGCAGCUUAAAACCAGGUUAUCAUCACCAGCGUCUGUGCCGAGUAUAAAUGCAGUUUGUGUCUGAUGUGCAGAAAAUAUUUUCAUCUCAGAGGCUUAUCUGUUUACAUGAAUCAAUCAGCGAUGUGAUUGUGCCAUAGUUUUAAUUAUUAUUAUUAUUAAACUAAUGGUUUCAUAUUUAUCGUUUAAUCCUUUUAUUUCUGAACUUUGGGAUGAGAUGAAUCACAUGCAGACCAAAGCCUCUGGUGAGCUCCCGAUUAACGUUUAGUGCACUUUAUAUUCACAAGUUUAUAUUUAAUAUUCUAAAAAUGCCACGAUGGUUUGAGAACGCCUCGACCCAAAGUUCAGAAAUGUUUUAUUUACAGACCGAUUCAGGUUUUCAGGUCAGUCACAGCGCACAGAGACCACAAAGUGGUGAAACAAAGGGCUUCCUGACAUAGUGGACCUCUGUGGAGAUUCUUUAAGAUUAAACAAACGUUUGAACAUUGUUGCACAUUUAACUGACAGCUUGGAAAUACAUCAGAGACGAUGAAUAUUGUGAUGCUUUUAAGGAAAAACGCUCAAACCCCUUCAUUCUGAGAGUUUGUUGAUGACAUUGUCUGUGCUUUAUCGCCACAACUUUACAGAGGAUGAAAAAAAAUCCCCAUGUUAGUGCCGUCAAACUGAGCCAUAAUCGCAAAACAACUGCUGCAGUAAAGCGCAUGUUAAUGGACAGGAUGUGAGACGUCCAGAUGUUUAAAUGCCAUAAGUUCAGGCUCAUAAUCAAGGCAGUGUUUAGAAAUAUGAAACUGUUGCGUACAGAUAUUUACGAUGGGCCAUGAGCGCAGCAUUAGAAGUGAUUAGCUUAGGAGGAAAAAGCAAGCUUGACGUAUCCUAAAGUCCUCAUUUAAUGGUAAUGUUUGUCGUGUGUCGUAUUUCUGGAGGUGGUUAGCAUAGCUUAGCAUUAAGAGUGGAAACGAGGGAGCAGCUAGCCUCUCUGACUUUCUGGACUCUAAUCUGCAAGAUAGUUUCAUCUCUCUUUUUGACCCGUUUGUGAUUAAACAAAGGAGAUAUCUGCUCAUUAGCUUCCAGCCUUUAUGCUAAGCUAAGCUCACUGCAUCCAGACACCGACGCGGGUUAAACCAAUUUUCUGCGAGUCUUUAGAAGAAAGUUUUGCUGCUGUUGGUUGAGUCGCUGCACAGAAGUCAAAACACACACGGUACUGAUGACGACGGCACAAACGGUCAGAACUUUGUCUGCACUUGAUACUAAAGCCAACGUGUUUUAAUGCUUCAUUUUUCAGAUUUAUUGCCAUUUUUUUCUGGUUUUCCUGUUUUAUCAGAAGCAUCAAGACAAUAUUUUCUCUGUGGUGUUUGGGAUUAUUAUUAUUAUUGUGUAAAUUCUGAGCUAUAUUUUUGAUUAGAGGUUUUAUGAUGAAUUGAGUGUAUAUUAAGAUAAAGCCUUAAAUUAUACCAUCUUUAUUCAUGUGUUUAUAAUAUAUUUUUCUAUUUUCCUUUCAAGAGGAGUGACAGUCUGACGCAUGCUUCAGGACAAUCCUCGUGUU